AUAAAACUCGAUAGCGGGCAAUUCCGGCGCAGACCCAGAGAAUAUCCAUCCAGAAAUCCCUGAGGGUUUUUUUUUUACCAAUUCCAUUGCUUCUGCUGGCAAGGAGAAAACCGGAGCGGGGAGUGUUUCUGGUCACGCGGGGAAGAAUGACGAAAACGGGCCCCGCCGAGGUCGACUCUGGUUGUUCAUCCUGUUCGACUACAAAAUCGCCUGCUCUGCCCGGUUUACUUGCCUGACGUUGUUUCGGUCCACUCUCCAUACUUGCCUUGGUUGGAGCCUGGAAACCCCGAACUUGCCACCUCGUCUCUGCCCCUGCCCCUACUUAAAAUCGUAUCUGCAUCCUCUCCGUCGACUUCUUUCGCAAUUCAAAGCCGAGGCUACGCUGCAUACUUCCCGCUCCGAUAACAACCGCGUCCACCCCCACCUACUGUACUGCAUAUCAUUAUCACCCCUCACCCCUCAAUUCUCCAACAAAAGCCAUUUUUAACGCUCCUCAUCGAUCCUCCAAAAAACCCACAAACCCCUCGCACCAAAAGUUACAUACAAUAUGGCUGCCAACGGAUCCAAUACCUCGCCGGUCGGCCAGGAGAAAAUCAACACCGACAUCGUCACUCUCUCCCGCUUCUUCACGGAAGAGCAGACCAAAUACCCCGAUGCCACGGGAGAUUUCACCCUCCUCUGCCACGCCCUCCAAUUCUCCUUCAAGUCCAUUGCCUACUACAUCCGUCGCGCCUCCCUCAUCAACCUCACCGGUCUGGCCGGUUCCUCCAACACCACCGGCGACGACCAGAAGAAGCUCGACGUGAUCGGCAAUGACAUCUUCAUCUCCGCCAUGCGCGGCUCCGGCAAAUGCCGCAUCCUCGUCUCCGAGGAGGAAGAAGAAGUGAUCACCUUCGACGAGCACCCAGACGCCCGCUACGCCGUCGUCUGCGACCCCAUCGACGGUUCCUCCAACCUAGACGCCGGUGUUUCCGUCGGCACCAUCUUCGGUGUCUUCCAACUCCCCGACGAAAUCCUAGGCGCCGGUAAGACCGUCGGCCCCGAGCAGCUCCUCCACCCGGGUACUUCCCUCGUCGCAUCCGGUUUCACGAUGUACGGUGCCUCGGCGCAAUUAGUUAUUACUAUGCGCGGCGGUGGCGUUAACGGCUUCACCCUGGAGAACUCGCUGGGCGAGUUCAUCCUCACUCACCCCAACAUGAAGCUCCCCGAGACCCGGGCUAUCUACUCCGUCAACGAGGGUAACAGCAUGUACUGGGAUGACUGGUGCAAUGCCUACUUCCACAGCCUCAAGUACCCCGGCGAGGGCCAGAAGCCCUACAGCGCGCGUUACAUCGGUUCCAUGGUCGCUGAUGCUUACCGUACCCUGCUGUACGGUGGUAUCUUUGCCUAUCCCGCGGAUAAAAAGAGUCCCAAGGGUAAGCUGCGCAUCCUGUACGAGUGUGCGCCCAUGGCGAUGCUGUUCGAGAACGCUGGCGGUCUCGCUGUGAACUCGCGCAUGGAGCGGUUGAUGGAGGUUCGUCCUGAACACAUUCACGACCGCAGCGGUGUCUUCCUCGGCUCCAAGGGUGAGGUCCAGAAGGUCAUCGACAUGUACAACAAGCACCACAACUAAGCGCUUUGCUGACAUUGUUUCUGUUGACUCCCUUUUUUUGGAUUUCUCGACACUGGGACCUGAUUUGAUAUCCUCCUUUCGGUCUUGGGUACCGUACCGCUCGGCUCAGUCGCUUUGUUUCGUAUUGGGUGAUUGGAACCCGCUUUAUUCUUAUGAUUCCACGUUUCUCUAUAUUCUUACCUUUUCGACAUGCUGAGCCAAUCUUGUCUCGGAAGCUCAUGAGUGAUGACGUCCGUUCGGGGUUGCCGUUCAUUGCAGCUCCUUCGGAUUACUCUCUCCAUGCCAUUCUCGGCUUGGUACCUAAAGAGUUUU